AUUCUAUAUGGGUAUCCAAAUUCUUUCUUUUCAUGUUCAUUCAUUAUUCCGAAUCAAAGAUGAAAGUAAAAGAGAGGAAGAUCAGCUAAGGCACAAUUGAAAAUUUCAACCAUAAGUUUCAACAUGGUUUUCAACAAUACCAUGUUUCUACUUGUUCUACUCCGACUGCAUUUGGUUCUUCUAGUAUCUUGUCUUGAUUAUCACCAAAAUCCUCACCAUUCUCUUCUCAAAGACAAAGCUGCUCUCCUUGCAUUCAAGAGAACUAUUGUAUAUGAUCCAUAUGCCAUACUUUCUAACUGGAAUGAAUCUGUUUUUGUCUGUGAUUUCAAUGGUGUCUUCUGUGACAAGCAUCGUCACCGCGUUGCACAACUCGUCCUCAAUGACAGUGAACUUGUAGGGACUCUCUCACCUUUCCUUUCCAAUCUCACCGGCCUUCGUAACUUAACCAUCAUUAACAGUCACUUGUAUGGAACCAUUCCUCCUGAGUUCUCUCACCUUAGACAUCUUCAUCAUCUCCGGCUUGAAAAGAACAAUCUACAUGGUCCUAUACCAGGUUCACUUGCACUUAUUCGCAACCUUACUGUAUUAACUCUUCUGCAGAACAACUUUUCAGGUAAAAUUCCACCUGCCUUAUUCUCCAACUGCACUUUGUUAGAAAUUCUAGACAUUUCUGGUAACUCUUUUACAGGAGAAGUCCCAAUAGAGAUUGGAAAAUGUAGGCAAUUAUGGAACCUCAACUUGUACAAUAAUCAAUUUAGUGGAAGACUUCCUCUGUCUUUGUCCAAUACAACACUUGUAAAUUUAGAUGUAGAAUAUAAUCAUUUUUCUGGAGAAUUACCCAUAGAGAUUGUCAAAAACCAGCCUAAGCUUCGCUAUCUUCAUCUAUCAUACAAUGAUAUGGUAAGCCAUGAUGGAAAUACAAAUCUCAGUCCAUUCUUUACCUCCCUUGGAAAUUGCACAGAACUAAUGGAGCUUGAGUUGGCUGGAAUGGGACAUGGAGGAACAUUGCCUGAUUCCAUUGCAAAACUUGGUGUCAACUUAGUAACUUUGUUGCUGCAAGAGAAUAAACUCUACGGAUCAAUUCCUCCAAGUAUAGCAAACCUUUCGAGUCUUAUGGUGCUGAAUUUGACAACCAAUCUUCUUAAUGGGACAAUUCCGGAUGAGAUAAGCCAGUUGUCAAAGUUAGAACAGCUUUUCUUGUCACAUAACCUCUUCACCAGUUCAAUUCCUAAAGCAUUAGGCCAUAUGCCUCAUCUGGGUCUGCUUGAUCUAUCGCAUAACAAAUUCUCAGGUGAAAUCCCAAGGAGUUUAGGAAAUUUGGUUAGAGUCAACUAUCUAUUCCUUAACAACAACCUCUUGUCCGGGAAAAUACCUUCCACAUUAGGAAAGUGCACAGACCUCUACAAGCUUGACUUGUCACAUAAUGGAUUAACAGGAGCAAUCCCACCAGAAAUAUCAGGUAUGAGUGAGAUUAGAAUUUUUAUAAAUCUCUCAUAUAAUCAACUUGAAGGGCCUUUGCCAAUUGAGCUGAGCAAAUUAGAAGAUGUUCAAGAGAUGGAUCUAUCAUCAAAUAAUCUGAGUGGAAGUAUCUUCCCACAGAUAUCAAGCUGCAUUGCAUUAAGGCUGAUAAAUUUCUCCAACAAUUUACUUCAAGGAAAUCUUCCAGAAUCCUUAGGUGAGCUAAAGAACCUUGAAGUUUUCGAUGUUUCAAGAAACCACUUGAGCGGAAUGAUUCCGGUAAACCUCAACAAGAGUGGAACCCUCACAUUUCUUAACCUUUCAUUUAACAAGUUUGAGGGGAUGAUUCCUUUAGGAGUUGUUUUCAAUUCAGUCACAUACACGUCAUUCUUAGAAAACAAGCAUCUUUGUGGGGCAGUUCCUGGCAUCCCCAAGUGCUCUCGGAAGAGUUUGUUUCGUUCACGAAUUUUCUUAGCCAUAUUUGUCGUGGUGAUAUUCAUAGCAGGAUUCCUGUCAACAAUUUGUUGUGUGAUUGCUUUCCGGCACAUAAAAGUACUAAUGUCAUCUCAGAAGACUCAAAUUGUGAGAAAACCAGCAGCACUUGAAUUGAUUCACAACUUCCCAAGAAUAACAUAUAGAGAAUUGUCAGAGGCCACUGGAGGAUUUGACGAGCAAAGACUAAUUGGUGCAGGCAGCUAUGGACGCGUCUACAGGGGAGUUCUUCCAGAUGGAUCAGCCAUAGCAGUCAAGGUGUUACAGUUACAAACUGGAGAUUCAACAAAGAGUUUCAACAGAGAAUGCCAAGUCUUGAAGAGAAUUCGACAUAGAAAUCUGAUAAGGAUUGUGACAGCAUGCAGUCUUCCUGAUUUCAAGGCUCUUGUUCUUCCUUACAUGGCAAAUGGGAGCUUGGAUAGGCGUCUCUAUCCACAUUCACAGACAGGUUUAGGAUCAGGGUCGUCGGAUUUGAGUCUCAUCCAAAGGGUAAACAUUUGUAGUGACAUUGCUGAAGGAAUGGCCUAUUUGCAUCACCACUCCCCGGUUAGAGUCAUACAUUGUGAUCUCAAGCCAAGCAAUGUUCUUCUCAAUGACGACAUGACAGCUCUAGUUUCAGAUUUUGGGAUUGCAAGACUGGUUAUGACAGUUGGAGGAAAUGCGGCUGCUGAGAACAUGGGAAACUCUACUGUGAAUUUGUGUGGAUCUAUUGGAUACAUUGCACCAGAGUAUGGAUUUGGUACUAACACAUCCACAAAAGGAGAUGUUUACAGUUUUGGGAUUCUAGUCCUAGAGAUGGUGACAAGAAGAAGGCCAACAGAUGACAUGUUUGGUGGUGGUCUAAGCCUUCACAGGUGGGUUAAGAACCAUUAUCAUGGAAGAGUUGAAAAAGUAGUAGACCCUUCACUGAUGAGAGAUUCAAGAAAUCAAUCACCAGAGGUGAAAAAGAUGUGGGAAGCAGCAAUUGGAGAAUUGAUUGAAUUGGGUAUUCUUUGCACGCAAGAGUCCCCUUCAACUCGGCCUACAAUGUUGGAUGCUGCUGAUGAUUUAGAUAGGCUAAAGAGGUACCUUUGUGGGGACACCACUACUACAUUUGCUUCUUCUUUGGGAAUAUCUUCUUCCACUCUAGGUGAUGAUUAACAGCUUUCAAGAUUUUUUUUUGCACAGAACUAUAUUGGUUUUUUCUUUUUUUCAUUUUUUUAUGGUUUACUUGUGUUUUUCCCUUCUGGGAAGUGAUUUUUCUGCAUUUUUGUAAACAAUAAAAGUAUGUAGCUUAAUUAGAUUGGUGGAAGCAAUUGGAUUUCACAAUCAUUGAUCACUGUAACAGAAUUUGUUGCUUUUAAUUGGCAUCUUCUAUUUUA